GCUGUCUGGGGAGCUUAAGGUGGAGUCUGUCUGCGCUCGGCUGCCUCCAGGUUGAGACACACAGCUGCUUUUUACGGCUUCUCUGGACUGCAGGGAGUUUGAUGCCACAGGUAUGCGGCCGGCCCACACGAUCAUCGCAAAGGGCGUGAAUCCACCUGCCAAUCUCCCCAAUGGGAGAAAUGAACGGCAGCGAUUUUGAAUCCAAAGAUAUUGAUCAUCAUCAGUCCCUCAGGAGAAGGAUCGUCUCGUCGCUCGAGACGCCAGCUCACUGGGCAGGGUGGAGCGGGGGAGGAUGACCGGGAGAAGCAUCGGGGCGGGAAGCCCGAAGCUCUUGAGUGUUUAACAAGCUGUCACAGUAUUGGCUGCAUCGCCCUGCAAGCCGCGGCAGCAUUGGCUGACGGCGCUUAUCCCUCACACACGGCGCGCUGCCUCGGCACAACGGGACACCACGAGGAAACCAUCUCUUGUUGUGUGGCUGACUCGCGUUACAGAUCUUACUUCUGUCCCUCUCUGGCUGCACAAACAUUACCACAGUAGGUGGGAGACUCAUCAUUAAUUCAUGGCUCGAUCCGAGUGUGGAUUGACCCCUCGGAUUACUCUGGCAGCUGCAACCGACUGCAAAUCUGAGGAAUCUGGAAGCAACAGCCGAGGUUUUCCUCAGUCACGUCUUGUAUUUGAAGCUCACCUGCCAAACGCCUGGCGAUAAAUCAGACAGCUGACCCCAAUUUCUCCUAUUGUGCUCCCUUGUGUGGCUCUGCUAGCAUAACGUGUCCUUGAAUUGCAACCGCAAGUCUUCUGGGGACAAACGGACUGAUACAGCAAGCUGCAGGGCCCCUCGGGACCCCCGGCGGCUGAGGAGAAGGAGAAGGGGAGGGACUCGCCCCUCAGGACGCUGCCAAAGAAAACUCUGCCCUGCCUUACUUCCCAAAACAUUUCCCCUCUACAGUCUCUCUUUGAAGGACUGAAUGCUUCCGAACUUUCCAUGAUGCUCAAACCCCAAUGAGCAGCAUCCCUCUGUGACGGACUAACGGGCCGCAUGUGCUGCGCUUUCUACUUCGUACGCCGUUCUCUGUCAACCACUGAGGCAUGGGGAACUCCAUGGGUUGUGUCAGGCCUCCUCGGGAGGAGGACCCCGCUGGAGCCCCCCCACUUUCCCCAAAGAGGCGUCUGCGUUUCAGGCGUAGGCACAAGGGCAAGAAGAGCCGGAAAGGCGAGUCGGAGCAGGGUGACGUUGAGGGACCAAGACGCCGCGGGCCCGACGGAAGAGGGGAGGAGCGUGAAGGCGGCGAGGGAAAGGUCGCACUUAAAGACCCCUCGGAUUUUGGCAGCAAAGCAGGGACUCUUCCAGCGCACCUGCACGGCAGCACCCUCUCCCCCCUCUCCCCCCUCUCCCCCAGCCAACGGGGCCACGGGACACUCGUGUCGCCCAAACCCAGCCCGGCCUGGAGAGGGGUCUUCUGCCUCCCUGGGGAGGAAGACACCGUCAGCGGCAUCGUCGAUGUCUCCAACCUCCCGAGCCAAACCACGACCAUCAGCACGGUCAGCACGGCGCCAGCCCUGGGCAGCACCACCCCAGGGGGGGGGCGGGUCUGUCGCGUUAAGGAGAAGGUCCAAGGGGUCCUUGAGAAACCUUGGCUCCUUCGGCAAAAGGAGAGAAAAGACGGGGGGAAGACGGCGAGAGAAGAAACGGGGGACGGGGGGGUCAGAGGCGGACCGGAGGGAGCUGUGGCGGUGGUGCGGACGCCCUCGGGGCGGGAGCACAAAGGUGUGGUCCAUAUCCGUGAGGUGGAUGGUAAACUGUGCGUGGUGAGGACGGUGUACCCCAGCGAUUUUGGCUCACCGGUCUGGGGGGGCCAAAGUGAUGGCGAGGUGCGCAAAGAGCGCCCGGCCGCCUCCCCAGUCACCGGGAAUAUUCUCAAAGUCCAAGUGUCUGAUGAGGACAGAGGUGGAGACGUAAUGUCUGCAGGGGAUCUCCCCUUAUCCUCGAACCAAAGGCCUCUUCGGGACCCUGCUGCUGGGGGGGGUCUGAGCUUGGACACGCCGGCCUGCCCACCGGGGCGGACGUCUCUGCUGGAGUCGGGCUAUGCCAGCGACCUGCCGCAGACCUCUCCAGAGACGGCGGGCACCACCCCCAGUCAGACGGACUGGGGGGGGCUGACCAGUAGCUCGUCGGAGAUGGAGAGUCCUCUGUGGCCGCAGGCGGCCGGGAAGAGCCUUCCACAGAUAUCCGAGAUCUACGUGAGCGGCGAGUCGAGCGACCUCACGGCCAAAGAGAAGCUGUUGCUAUGGAGCCAACAGGCGACGGAAGGCUACCCCGGCCUCCGCUGCGUCAACUUCACCUCGUCCUGGAGCAACGGACGCAUGUUCAACGCCCUGCUGCACAGAUACAGGCCAGACCUGAUCGACAUGGAGGCGGUGUCGCGGCAGAGUAACCGGGAGAACCUGGAGCAGGCCUUUGAGAUCGCCGAGUCGCUGGGGGUGACCAGUCUGCUGGACGCCGAGGACGUUGACGUACCGUCUCCUGACGAGAAGUCUGUCAUCACCUACGUCUCCUCCAUCUACGAUGCCUUCCCCAAAAUCCCAGAGGGAGGAGAGGGCAUCUCCGCACAGGAGUGUUAAAAGGCCAUGGCAAAAUACCCAUCCAGGUUUUCCCCUCUGCCCCUGUGGAACCGGCCAGAUUAAUCCUCGAUGGGCAAGAAAGAGUUCCCCCAAAACCUGCUCCUCCUCCAGGCACUUUACAACGAGUACAUCCAUUUCAAAGAGACGGAGAUUCCCGCCAAGGAGGCGGAGAAAGGUCACAUCGAACACCUCUACAAACUCCUGCAGGUGUGGAUAGAGUUUGGUCGCAUCAAGCUCCCUCAGGGCCUCCAUCCUAACGACCUCGAGGAGGAUUGGGGCAAACUCAUCCUGGAGAUGCUGGACAGGGAGAAGGCUCUCAGGCCGGCUGUGGAGAGGCUAGAACUGCUUCUUCAGAGGGCUAAUAAGAUCCAGAACAUGGCUCUGGACUGUGAGGAGAAGCUUACCCUGGCUAAGAACACCCUGCAGGCUGACAUGUCUCGAGCGGAGAGCGGCGAGGCGGUGCAGUGUGAGAGAGAGCUGGCGUGCUACCUGCAGGACUGCCAGUCUCUCAUCCAGCAACUCAACCAGGAGCUCAAAGUCCUCCGAGAUGAGAAGUACUACCAGGUGGAGCAGCUAAUGUUCAGAGUGUCGUGCCUUCAAGAGGAGCUGGUCUCCCUCAGGCUGCAGUGCUCCAGCGUCUACAGGAAAGGGCACUUCUCCCAGGCGCUGGGCACCACGGUAGUAGAUCACCCCGGCCAGAGGGCCACGGAGGGCGGCCUGACGCUGGGCCAGACUCUGCUGGGGGCCGUGGGCGCAGUCGGUGCCGCGCUCCUGCGGCGCCCGGCGGCCCGCUCCCAGCUGGUGGCCAUGUCGUCAUCGGAGGACGAAGGGAGCCUGAGGUUCAUCUACGAGCUGCUCGGAUGGGUGGAGGAGACGCAGGACCUUUUGGAGCGUGCCGAGUGGGGCGCCGACCUCCCCUCCGUAGAAAACAACCUCCAUGAGCACAACGCCGUACACGGCGCAGUGGAAGAGCUCAUGAGCAGCCUGCAGGAGGCUCGGGCCUACGAGGCUAAAGUGUCCCCCAACUUCAAGAGCAGUUACUGUGAAACCCUGGCCAAGCUGGAGCACCAAUACUGCAAACUACUGGAACAUUCGUCGUGGCGCCUGCGGAGCUUGGAGAGCUUACACGCGUUUGUGGCGCACUGCACCGAGGAGCUGAUCUGGCUCAACGAGAGGGAGGAGGAGGAGAUCGCCUUCGACUGGAGCGACAACAACCCCGGCAUGAACGCCAAGAGAGAGUUAUACAGCGAAAUGAGGUUAGAGCUGGAUGAGAAACGAGAUGUGAUGCGGUCGCUGCAGGAAACGGCCAACCGGCUGUGUCAGGAGAACCAUCCAGCCAAACAGACUGUGGAGGCGUACAGCGCAGCCCUGCAGACCCAGUGGCAGUGGGUGAACCAGCUGUGCAUGUGUGUGGAGCAGCAUCUCAAAGACAACACGGCGUACUUCCAGUUCAUGGGCGAUGCUCGGGACUGCGAGUCGUACCUGCGCCAGCUCCAGGAAACCAUCAAGAGACAGUACACCUGUGACAGGAACAGCAGACUGAGCAAACUGGAGGACCUGCUGCAGGACUCGAUGGAGGAGAAGGAGCAGCUGAUCGAGUACCGCAGCACGGUGGCGAGCCUGGUGGGCCGGGCCAAGGCGGUGGUGCAGCUCCGGCCCCGCGGCGCAGAGAGCACCUUGGGAGCCACCACACCCAUAAGGGCCAUCUGCGACUACAGACAGAUAGAGACAAACGUUCAGAUCACAAUAACCCGCGGCGAGGAGUGUGUGCUCGAGGAAAACUGUCAGAGGACCAAGUGGAAGGUGAUCAGCACGACGGGGAACGAGGCUAUGGUCCCCUCGGUGUGCUUCACCGUCCCACCCCCCAACCAGGAGGCCAUCGACACGGCCAGCAGGGCCGAGCAGCUGUACCAGAAGGUCAUGUCUCUGUGGCACCAACUGCAUGUGAACAUGAAGAGCGUUGUGUCCUGGCACUACCUGCUCAAAGAUAUCAGGACCGUCUCCGGAUGGACGCUGGACACGGUCCGCAGUCAGGCCCCCGCAGAGCGGCAGCAGAUCCUGGAUCACCUGGACUCCCAGCUGGCCGACUUCCUGUCCGACAGCAAAGAGAGCGCCGUGUUCACGGCGGGCGAGAGGCGAGAGCUGGAGCAGGACGUCCAGCAGGCCCAGCAGCACUGCCAGGACCUGCUGCUCAACAUGGAGACCGUGGAGAAGGACGAGUCGGUCUCCCGUUCCUACCUGUCGGAGCUACAGAACAUCUCCCUUCAUCUAGAUGAGUCCGAGCAGAGACUAAUUAGGGCGAUCCAGACUCCGCCCCCCAGCCGGCUGUUAGGUGACGGCGUUGACGACACUCCUCAGAUUGCAGAGCAGGAGGAGCUGCAGUCGGAUCUGGACGCCGUGCGCUCUAGUCUGGGCGACGUGUCUCGCCGCUGCGUCAGUUUCUUCGAGGAGAAGCCGACGUCCUCCGCUGUUCCCGUCCUCCGGUCGGAACUCAACCAGGUUGUGGAGAAGACGGACAAACUGCACAACCUCUCCACCGUCUACCUAGAAAAGCUGAGAACAGUGGACGUCCUGAUGCGUAGCCUGGAUGAAGCGGAGAGCCAGGUCAGGAAGAACGAGAGCAGGCUAAGUGAGGACGACACUGUUCCUGCAGACGCGGCGGCCAUUCAAAGCCUCAGAGAUCAACUGGGGAGGUGGCAGGCCGAGCUGGUCGAGCACGACGGCGUCUUCCAGGCUCUGCAGUCGGAAGUGGACCGGGCCAAAGAGGCGGGCUUCCAGCUCAGCAGGCUCCACCCAGACCGCAGCUCCGAGCUGGAGCGCUACCAGGAGAGGGCCAAUCAGAUGGCCGACAGGUGGAGCGGAGUGAAGAGACAGAUGGAGACACGACGAACCGACCUAGAAGCGCUGUGCUCGGCCCUGCAGCAGUACAGACACGGCCAUUCCGCUCUGAUCAGCUGGAUCGAAGAAACCACGGAAAGACAGGAGAACACGCGGCCUGGACAGACGGACAGCAAAGCGCUGUCCGAACAGCUGGCCCAGCAAACGGCAUUAGUAGCUGAGAUUGAACAGAAUCAGGCCAAACUAGACGAGUGCCAGACUCACUCCAAGCUGUACUGCACCUCAGUAAAGGACUAUGAACUGCAGCUGAUGACCUACAGAGCCUUCGUGGAAUCUACGCACAAGUCGUCCGUCAAGAGGAGGAGGAUACAUUCUUCCUCUGACUCCAUCACUCAGGAGUUCAUGGACCUGCGCACACGCUACACAGCCUUGGUCACCUUGACAACCCAACACGUGAAGUACAUCAGCGACGCACUGAGAAGACUAGAAGAAGAAGAGAAAGAGGUGGAGGAGGAGAAGCAGGCCAGGGUGGGGCAGGUGUCAGACCUGCUGGGCUGGGUCAAAGGCCUACAGGGACGGACCGGGGGCCCAGACGCAGAGUCCUCGCUCGCCGCUCAACAGGCCGUCAGUGAACAGCUGGCAGCCAAGAAAGACGAAGUGGCUGAAGCCAUCAGGAGCGCUCAGGUCUUCCUGCUGUCAAAACAGGCCAACAAGUUGUCCUCAGAGGAGCGUGCUCAUGUUGAGGCACAGCUGGACGAGCUGAAGGCCACCUACAAACAGCUGUGCAACAGCUCCGCCCAGCAGCUGCAGCAGCUGGAGCAGCAACUGGCCAAAGAGGAGGAAAGAAAGAACCAAACUGCCAUUGCUGGAGUAAUUGACCUGGGAACAGUGGAAACAUUCCCAGUGUUUAAAGCAGCCCAACGUGGUCUUAUUGACCAGGACACCUGCCAUGUGCUGCUGGAGGCCCAGCUCAUUAUGGGUGGUCUCCUCCAGCCUGACUCCACUCUCAGUCUGUCCCUGGAACAAGGUCUAGCUGAAGGCCUUAUUGACGCACACACUGGACAGUGCCUUUCUGAGCUAGAGAGAGCCUGGCUUUUGGUGGAAAAUACCAAGUGUACAGAUGACCAACAGCAAAACGUGUUGCCAGUAACUGCAGCAAUGGAGUCGGGGGUCAUCCGAGAGGAGGUGGGACUUCGCAUUUUAGAACUCCAGAUGCACACUGGAGGCCUGAGGAGCUCAAAGGGAAGAAUUAUGAGUUUGGAGCAAGCAGAUGACAAGAGACUUUUGUCUCCCGGCGCCUUCACCAAACUCCAGUCGAGACAACAACAAAAAGAGCUGAUUGAUCCGAACACAGCAGAAACACUAAACCUGCAUGGGCUACUGGAGCGCUGCGUCCUCGACAAUGACUCCGGUCUCCUCCUCCUCCCUGUCAAACAGCAACCUGGGGGGACUGUCUGCCUCCAGUCUGGAAGAAAAGUUGGCAUUUUCCGCGCGAUCCAGGAAGGUCUGAUUGAUCGGAAAGUGACUGUACGACUCCUGGAAGCUCAGCUCUUUGCUGGUGGUAUUGCUGACCCACGGUCUGGCCACCGACUGACCGUCCAUGAGGCGGUUCGUCAUGGGCUUAUGGACCAGGAUCUGGCCUGUGCCACGUUAGCCCGACAGCUGCAAGAUGGAGGAAUUCUGGACCCCGUCAGUGGAGAACGCCUGGAUUUGGAAGAGAGUAUACGCAGGGAUCUUCUCUCUCCUCGUUUGGCUCUGUUGGUCCUUGAGUCUCUCGGGGCGUUCAUGGGGUUACUGUGGCCUGAAUCUGGAGAACUCCUGCCCUUUGCCGAGGCUCUUCAACAGGGAUCGAUCUCAGGGGAGCUUUCAAAGAACACUCUGAGGCAGCGACAUGUCAUUGAGGCUUUGUAUAACCCGGAGACCCUCCAGGUGCUGCCCCUAAACCAGGCUGCUGAAGAGGCCCUUGAGCCCAGUGUUGUCAGUUUUCUCAAGAGCACUCACAUCCCAGAUGUUCUUUCCAGCAUCAACCAGUCAGUGACUCCAUCUCCAAACCGCUUAAGCUGGGGUUCAGCCAGCUCUUCUCCACCUCCAUCCUCUCCAUUGCAUUCAUCGUCUCCUGCAGGCCUUGUUUGCGAUGCAACACCAACAUAUGGGAUGGACCCAGAAGAGCAAGCAAAAGACAAGCUGCUCUUUCACCUCAUGACUCACAGCUAUGUGGAUGCUCAUUCUGGAAAAAGAUUAGUGCUGCUCGACUCUGAGUUGGUGGAGUUGGUCAAAGCUACUGAACGGAUUGCUAAAGCCUCUAAAAGUCAAAUUGAGCCAGAAAGCAGUUUAACCAAAGAUGAACGGCUUCGAAGGGUGGGAGAGUUUAGUCUGGCAGACAUAGCAAUUAGUGAAACACAAACUAUGGUUGAAAAAGAAAGUUCAGACAUCACGCCAAGUAAAGAGCAGAGGAAUAGUACAGGUAGUCUAGGAGAAAGGUAUGACAGAGAAAGUGAGAAGAAAGUGGUGCAAUCAUCAGUAACUACAGAUAGGGAUUUAGCCUUUGAAGCUAUCAAUGAAAGUACUGUGGCUAAAGAUGUUAAAGAAAAAGCUAAAAAUCUUGAAGGGCCAAAUGAGGUGGUGGCAACUAAAUUCAAACCAAGGCCUGAUGGCGGCCAGGAGGGGGCUAUUAGUACAAUCACAUCAGAAGAAACAAAAACUCCCAAGUCCAAAGCACUGGGAGCAAAUGUAACUGAAGAUGUUAAAUCAAACAAACAAACCAAACAACAAAUGCUUAAUACGGAGACUGACUCCGAGCAUGCAAGCCUUCACACGGAUAUCUGUGAUUCAGGAGUGGAAAAGAAAGGGGAGGAUACUGAAUUGGCAAAGUUAGUCCGAGAGCUCCAACGAGGAGGUCUGAUGACCGAGGAAGGGGAAAAGUUGCUCCCAGAUGAGGCAGUGGCCCAAGGAGUCAUUCCUGGCCACACCGCAGUUAAAUUGAUGGCUCAGACUGGUCUGUUUGGGGGUUUCCUGGAUGCAAGGAGCGGGGAGUCACUUAGCAUGGAGGAUGUUGGGCUUGAUGAAGAGCUAAUGUGGAGUGUUCUAAAGGCAGAUAAAAUGCUUGCAGGGGUUGUAGAUGCAGAGAAAAAGCAGAUCUGCGGGGUAAGACAGGCUGCUCAGGCAGGGUUGAUUGACCCAGACACCGCUGCUCGACUUCUGGAAGCCCAGGUGGCUUCUGGGGGCAUUGUUGACCUAGGUAGGGAUGAGAAAGUCUCUGUCACACUUGCAGCCACCCUGGGACUAAUUGAGGAGGAUCAAAGAGAAGAAUUGGUGGCGCUAGAGAAGGCAUACAAAGGUAAGAACACUGAUUUAGCAACAGCCCUCACUAAAGCCAGUUUACAGCUACAGAUGGAUGGGUUUAUUGACCCAGAGUCUAAGUCUCCAGUUCCUCUGGAGGAAGCUAUUCAGAAAGGGUUAAUUAGAUCUGAAGAGGCCUAUCAAGUGUUGGCUAGACAAGUGGCUGAGGGUGGUAUAAUACACCACGCCUCAGGGAUGAGGCUGUCUGUUCCUGAUGCUGUAGAUAGAGGACUGGUGGAUCGAUCCAUUGCGCCCGGGCUGGAAGAACUAGAGUGGGUUUACCAAGGAAAAAUCAGCUCUUCAUCUCAUCCAAAAGCUGUUGUUUUCCAGGCUUCGACAGGAGCUAUUUUAGACCCCGACUCUGGCAGUAAACUGACCUUAACAGAGGCGGUUGCUAGGCGUCUUCUGGAUGAGAAUAUUGCCAGAGACGCCAUGGCGUCUUCAACUGUAAGAGGAGUGCUUGACCCUGAAAGCGCACGCAUUGUGCCUUACUCUGAUCUUGUAAACAGGGGAAAGAUAGAUAUUGGAACAGGCAAACGCUUCUUAGAGGUGAAACCCUUCAGAGGUGUUCGAGAUGGUCAGACAAGAAACCUCUUGACCCUUCCCGAGGCAAUUGCAUCAAAGCAAGUAGACCCAGUUCCAGCAUUGAGGCUGCUCCAAAGCCAGGCAGACAGUGGAGGGAUCAUUGACAUCAGUACUGGAGAAAGGCUCCCGCUACCCGAAGCCUGUGAAAGAGGGUUAGUUGAAGACAACAUGGCCAGGGUGAUAUCCACCAACCAGUUGUUGAAAGGAGGCUUAGUUGAUCCCGCCACUGGACAACGAGUCUCUAAUCUCGAGGAUGCCGUUGCAAAAAAGCUGAUCUCCAGGGACGUAGCUUCAGAGAUUCAGGAGAAAUUGGCUUCUUUGGAAUUUGAGGGGGGUGAAGGUGGCGCUGUUGCCUCAGCGAUUGGCACAUACGGCCCGGCUGUUAAAAUGUCAGUGAGCCCGGACAGUCCAGCAAACCGGUCAGACGUAAACUCUGAGAUACUCACAAGAACUCCACUUUCAAAGGAAGGUUUAGAAAUUACAUUGGGUGAAGGAAAGACAUUGAUAGCUAUAAUACCGACUCCAAAAGAGGAAACAAUUGUGUCAGUGGAGGAUAAGCCUGCAGUUGAGCGUGAACAAUCCCUGGACCUCUUGUGUGAAUUUGUUACUAAUGUUGAGAAAAGAGUUCAAGAAGCUAUUGAACAGAUUGUUCCACAGACAAACAUCCGCAAGUCAGAGCCUCCCCUUAAGCAAAAGCCCGAUGAGAGAGUGCAAGUGGCCGUGAGUGAGACUGAAAACGAAAGAAAAAGGAACCUUUUCAGAGGUGUUCUUGGGGAAUCCAUUCAGACAUAUGUUGGUGAUGUAGACACAGAUUUACAGGGAGAGGUUAGAAUAGAAGCUGCAGCUUUAAAGUUGGGUGAGGAACCUGUUGAGGUUGGGGAAAAGGAGUGUAGAGCGAGUGAUGAGAGUAAGUCAGUGGUUCAGUAUGAUUCUGAAGAUGGAAACCAGGCAGGUUUUGUGGAGGCAGAGUUGAGUGAUGACAGAGAAAGAAAAGCUGGCAUUGAAGAGGAUUAUGAAAAGAGUGACCUGGCAACACAGAGUGAUGAUGUUGAAGACAAUAAGGGCAAUAGAAUGGAGGGAGAUGAGCCUGUAAAGAUUGAGACAAAGCCUAGCAAAGACGCGGAGCAGUCAGACCAGUUGUUGACUUCUCCAUCCAAGGAGACAGAAAGCAAAAGUAAGAAGAAAAGGAAGAAUAAAAAGAACGGAAAACACAAAGGCCCAGAGAGAGAAAAGCACUUUGCAGAGAUGAAACCAUCGCAAAUUGAUCAGGCUGAUGCAAAUAUUGAAGGGCACCUGCAGUUCAUCAAUGUAAGUACAUCACAGGAGAAACCACAGGAAUCCCAGGUUCAUCUCAGAGAAAGUGAGGCAGAGAAUGACCGAGAAGAUGAGGCUCAACAUAAUUUAGUAAAACAGGGACACGAAGCAGUUCCAGCAUCCUUUGAAUUGACAGAGAAAGAUGUAAUUGAGCCAGAGAAAGAUGUAAUAAAAAUUGCCUUGAAGGACACAGAAUUUGGUGAUAAAAGAGAGGAGAUGGAACAGGAGCAGAAGGAGAAAGUCGAAGAGGCUCAGCGACCAAAACAACAGGAAUGCAGUCAGGCGCUAACAGAAAGGGAGGAGCAAGAAUUCCCUCUAAAAUCUGCUCUACCAAACGACGAGAAAGCCGCCCUGAUACUGAAAGCCAGAGAGAGUAUUCUUAAAAAGGUGUUUGAAAAAGGUGUGAGUGAGAAGCAGGCUGCCGAGGAGCUGCAAGCACUGCGCAAGGAGGUGGGGAAGGAGAGGCGAGGCAAGACUGCAAGGACACAACCUCUGCUAGCCGAGGCUGAUGGGGGGGGGAGUUAUGAUGGUAAUGUAAAGAGACCAAGUGGGUCACCUGAAGAGUGUAAGGAAGACAAAAUGACGUUCGGAGGCGUUAAAGUAGGUGAGGCCUUCAAGGAGGACAUGGAGAGCCAGGUGGCUUCAAACGAGAAGGACAGAAGCUUUGGAAAAGAAGGCGUUGGAAUGGCUCCAUCCCGCCAGCCUAAAGAAAGCGACCAAAGUAGACAAAGAAAGAAGAACAAGAAGGGUAAGAGUCUAAAAGUGGCCGACAAAACCCAACCUCAUACAGAGGAGUUAACGACGGAGAAAGUGGAUUCUGACACAAAAGCUGCAAUGGCUAAACCAGGAUUGGAAAACCCAACUUCCCCUAAGAUGCAGGAGACGGACAAACAGCCAGCCAGAGACAUCGAGAGACCUUCAGUUGUUGAAGGAGAGACCUUUCUAAUUAAUGUUGAUGUAGAUGAGAGCGGCCAACAAAGUCUACCACAUUUACGUCAAUCAGAUGAACCCCAUUCUCACACUGAGGAACACGUCCAACUGGCAGCCGGUACGUCUGUCAGGAAAGAAGAAUCACCGACUGACUUUUCUUAUAAGGCUGUCGCCUGCAAACUGGACAUCCAACCCACAGCUCAAUCAAUUCCUACCGGCACGCAAGCAGAUAAAACGGCAGGGAAGGGUAGGAAGAAGAAAAGGCCCCGACUCGCUGAACCGGAUUGCUCCAGUGUUUCCCAAUCAAAAGACCAGCAGCAGCACCUUGAGUCUGCGAAAUCAGCGCCGUCGCUCUCGGAAGACUCUUUAACCGAGUCUGACUCGCCUGGAGUCCCUGAGUCUGAUACAGCCUCCGAGAGUUGGGGGGAGGGAGAAGACGAUGUGAGAGAGAGUCGAGAAUCUGUGUCAAACCAAGAGAGGACCGCCUCGACCGGCAAGUCGUCCCUGCUGCGUCAGGAGUGCUUGGAGCGCGACCAGCGACUCGUGGCCCUGCUCUCUAUGGUCAGACACGUUGAGGUCCAACUCAAACAGCAGCAUCAGCAGUCCGUGGGCCGCAGCCUCAUCGCCCUGGAUGACAUCAUCAGACAGACUGAGACUCUGGACCUGGAACUGCGUGACUUGCAGCCCGUGGUCACCGAGGAAGUGGAGGCCGCAGAGGAGCUGUUGAAGCCCCACCCCAAAGACGUUCCUCCGCAGCUCCUAUUGGCCGUGGAGAAGGACGGGCGGAGCUUGGCUCGAGGCUAUGAGGCUGCCACGGCUCUUUCUCAGGGCAUUCUGCAAAGUCUACGAGACCAUAGGGACUCCUAUAAGGAGGCAGUAACAGCUGAGCUGAAGUCGCUGGGAGGACAGGUGGAGAGUCUGCUCUCCUGGUUGCGGGAGACAGAGGCUCAGAUGAAUGGAGGAAUGGAAAAAAUGGAGGAGGCAGAGAAAGACGACCAUUGUGAUCAGCUCACACAGCAGCUGAAUCUCUGCAAGGAGCUCCAGUUCGCCCUGACGGCUCGCUCCGGUGAGGUCAACGGCGCGGCCUUCGACGUCCAGGUGUUCAUCUCGGAGCGAGCCCAGGACAUGGCCCCCGAGCAGAGCCGCCAGCUCCUGGGGCAGCUCCAGCAGCUCCAGAGUGCCUUCCACCUGGCGUCCGGACAAGCCCAGGCCUGGGCCGACGCCCUGUCCGCCCAGAGGGCGAGGGAGGAGGAGCGGCAGCGCAGGGAGAGAGUCAAGGAAGAGGAGAAGGAGAGAGAAGGGCGGAGAGCAAGGGAGAGAGAGGUGGUUCAACAGCAGAAAGCUGAAUGCUCCCAGAAGCUAGAAGGCCUCACCGUGUGGUUAGCUGGAGCUGCCAGCCUACUGGCCAGUCAGAAAGCUGGAGCGGAGUCAUGUGACGUGAACACCUUGCAGGAGAAGCAAAAAAGACUAAAGGAAGCUCAGAAGGACCUUCAGACCAAAGAGGAGGGCAUCAGCGAGACCAUCCGCUCUGUGGAGGAGCUCCUGGCGGACCGGGGAGAGAAUCUGAGCCCAGAGGAGCGGCACAGCCUCCAGGGUGCGUUGACCAGGCUAAAGGAGCAGUACAGCGCCCUGAAGGAUUCAGCCACCGCGACGCUGUCCGAGGUGGACACGGCCAUCAAUACCACCGUACAGCAGAACACGCAAAGGGCAAAGGCUGUAGAGGACCUCCAGGAGACCAAGGGCCAGAUAGACACUCUGCUGAAGGACCUGUCCUCCAUCAACCAACCAGGCGGGACAGGAGUUGGAUCCGGAGUGACCCAAGAUGUCACUGCGGCGCCGUUCUCUCAACCGGAGGGCGCCUUGAUGUCACACACAGAGGCGCUUCAGGCGGAGCUUCAGCAGCUCCAGUCUCAGCAGGCCCAGCUGCAUCAGAUCGCACAGUCGACCCGCUCCCUUCUGGACCAGCCGGACUCCGCGGUGCCUCCUGAAGAGAAGCAGCGUCUCCGGGCCGCCCUGGACCAGCUGCAGGCCCAGCACCAGGACCGGCUGCAGAGCUGCCAGGACCGCCUCAGGAAGUCUGAGGCUCUGAAGGAUGAGCUGAUGAAGUUCCUCCAAGAACAUGGAAGUUUAGGUGCCUGGCUGGAACAAAAUGAACAGGAGCUACUUUCCCUGGCGGAAGGAGAAACCGAUGCACAAGGACUGAAGGGCAGACUGGAGGAGCACAGAAAGCUGGCGGAGGAUGUGAUUUGCCACAAGGCGGACCUGCGCUUUGUUUCCAUCUCGGGUCAGAAGGUUCUGGACUCCCUACAAGGAGCUCUGGAGCAAGUGGGCAGUUCGGACCCGGCCCUGGACAGCACUAAGCUGCUGGUAACUGACAAGCUGCAGGACGCCAACCACAGAUACACAACCCUACACACCAAGUCCACAGAGUUGGGGGGGCGUUUGUCCGGCCUGUUGGAGCGGUACCAGCAGUACCAGGAUGAGGUUGUUUCCGUCCACUCUUGGCUGAGCGCUCAGGAACAGAACCAAAGCAAAGCCAAGCCCAGCGGGGAGACAGACCCCCAGAACCUGCAGGACACACUACGACAAGUGCAGCUGCUGCAGGAUGAGCUGGCUGAGCGCUCGGUGCAGCUGGAGAAGGUGAAGAGAGCAGGAAGAGAUCUGGUCAGCACAGACGAGUCUCCUUCCCUGAAAGCUGUUGACAUCCUCUGUGCUGCAGAUGGUUUAGAGAAGAGGUUCGGCUCCCUCUCUGCGUCGGUAUCAGAACGGGCCGAGCAGCUGCAGACGGCUGUGGCUCAGUCCGUCAGCGUCCAGGAGGGCCUGAAGGGUCUGCUGAGCUGGCUGGAGAAACUGGUUCUGAAUCCCGCGCCGGUCGAACCCACCGCACAGGCCGUGCAAGACGCCCUGACACAGAACCAGAAACUUCGCCAGGAGCUGCUGUCCCGACAGGGCAGCGUGGAGGCCACGCGAGAGUCCAUUUCCAAACUCCUCCAGAGCUCUGACGCCUCCACGGCCUCGGGCCUCCAGGGCGCUCUGGAUGAUCUGACCGAGCGCUACGCCGCGGCACAGGCUACCCAGGCCGAGAGGGAAGCUGAGCUCAGAGGGCUGCUGCCCAGGCUGGAGGGCUACGAGCGGCUGGGGAUCGACCUCCGGGCCUUCACCCAGAGCCGCCACAAGGCUCUGAGCCCGGCGGGCCAGCCGGACCGCAGCGUGGACGACUACAGACAGACCAUAGAGGAGGUCCGGUCCGAGCUGGAGCAGGAAGCCGGUCAGCUCAAGUCCUUCUGCAACCUCGGCACCGAGCUCAGCCAAUCGAAAGCUUUCAACAGCACUCGAACCUUACUGGAUAACGUCAAGGGCGUGUCUGAUGAGUUCACCCAGCUGGAAGCCAAUGUCAACAAAAGGUUCGCUGCGAUCCAGGCCUGCGAGCAGCAGCUGUUGCAGUUCCGCGGCCUCUCCGGCUCGCUGUCCAGGUGGCUUCAGACGGCGCAGGACCAGCUCCCCUCCAAAGAGGCCAACCUCAACACGGAGGGCCUGCAGAGGAGAGUCCAGCAGCUCACGGACCUGAUGAAUGACUGGGAGUCUCAGAGAUCAAGGGUCCAGGAGCUGAAUAAGACGGGCUCAGAGCUGGAGUCCCUCAUCAUCGACGUCACAGCGCCUCAGACCAAAGCGGGUGCUCCUCACAUCAAUGGCUCGUCAGGUCCCAGCAGUGUCAAUGGCAUUCACACCUGCAAAGACCUGACGGAGCUGCAGCUCGCUGUGUCCGAUGUGAACGGUCGAUACGAGACGCUGGGCGGGGAGCUGAAGGAGCGCCUCGGUCGCCAGACGACCUCGCUGGAGCAGCGGCAGAAGGCCAGUCAGGGCGCCGACGAGCUCAAGAGCUGGCUGACAGACAGGGAGCACAGCCUGACGCAGGGGCAGGCCGCCUCCCCCUCCAAGCCCGAGGCGGUACGCGCCCAGGCCGAGGAGAACAAGGCCCUGCUUUCACAGCUGGCCGAGCACUCUGGGAAGGUGGAGGCGCUGAAGAGCACGCUGAGGAAGCUGAUCGCUGACAAUCCUGACUCUCCUGAGGCAGACACCUGGAGGCAGCAGCUGCAAGAGAUUGACUCCCGCUGGCAGACGGCCAAUCAGGCCGCGGCCGAGAGGCAGACGGAGCUGGAGGCGUGUGCCGACAGGCUGGGCAGCUUUGCCUCGGCGGCGGCUCAGCUGGGCCCGUGGCUGAGGGAGAAGGAGCUGAUGAUGAGCGUGCUGGGGCCGCUGAGCAUCGACCCCAACAUGCUCAACACGCAGAGGCAACAAGCGCAGUUCAUGCUGCGUGAGUUCGAGACCAGGCGGCCACAGUUCGACCAGCUGACCCAGUCCGCCGAGGGGAUCCUCUCCCAGACUGGCGACUCUGCUCAGGACCCCGAGGACCUGGCGGAGGUGCGGUCUGAGCUGGGCUCCAUCACACAGCAGUGGGAGGACCUUACAAACCGACUGACCCAGAGAUCGAAGCACAUUGACCAGGCCCAGGGGACCAGCGGGCGGUACCAGGACUUGCUCCGAGAGCUCUCCUCCAGCGUUUCUGCUCUGGCCGAGAGGCUGGACGGUCAGGCCUCGCUGAGCGCCCAGCCCGAGGCGCUGAAACGCCGCCUGCAGGAAACCGGAGAGAUCCGCUCGGAGCUGGAGAGACGUCGCACGGAGCUGGCCGAGGCUGAGCGGCUUUGCGGCGAGCUGAGCGCCAUCGUGGCCGAGCCGUACCUGAAGGAAGAGCUGAGUAAGCGCUUGGAGAGCGUCAGCGGGCCGCUGAAGAACUUGGAGGAGCGCGCAGCCGACGGCCUGUCUCAGCUGCAGGCCGCCCUGUCGUCCACCCAGCAGUUCCAGCAGAUGUUUGAGGAGUUGCGCUCGUGGCUCGACAAGCGGGCCGAUCCCGGCGAGUCCCCCGCCGACCCGCUGCCCUGUCAGCCGGCGGCCGUCCACUCCCUGCUGGCGCACACGGACGAGCUCCAGCGAGCGGUCGCCAGCCAGCGAGGCUCCUACGAGCUGAUUCAGGCCGAGGGGGCGUCGCUGCUCGCCACGCUGCCCGCGGGCGGAGACGAGCGGUCCGCCCUGCAGUCCCGCCUUGCGUCCUUGAAGCGGGACUGGGAAGGGUUGAACCAGGGAAUGUCGGAGCGAGAGGCCAGGCUGAAGAACGCGCUGGGCAGAGCGGAGGCCUACCAGCAGCACCGGGCCGAGCUGAUGCCGUGGUUGGCCGAGUGCGACCAGCGAGACGGGGAGAUCCAGCCGGCGCUGGACUCUGCGGCGCUGGACGACGCCUUGCAGAAGGCCCGGGGCUUGGCACUGGACCUCGAGAGGAGACAACCUCUUCUUGAGGCCUUCAACACUGCAGCAGAUCAGCUGCUGGAACAAUGCUGCAUCGGGGAGGAAGAGGUACGUGAUGAGAAGGCCCAGCUGAACGGCAGGGUGGACGGACUGGCCGACAGGCUCCACAACCGCACCUCCCAGCUGGAGGAGCUGGCCGGCCGCCUGAAGGAGUUUGAAGAGGGCCGGCAGGCUGCAGAGAGGAGGCUGGAGGCCGCCAAGCACCAGAUUGAAGUCCAGGAGGCCCUGGGACCACAGGCCUGCAGCUCGAAGAGCCUGGAGCGGCUGAGGAGUCAGCAGGAGGGUCUGAGGUCCCUGAAGCCUCAGGUGGUCUACCUCAGAGACCUGGCCCAGGGGCUGGUACAGGACGCGCCCCAGACACUGGGAGGCAGCAGCGACGGGGCGCAGAGGCUUCAGGAGCAGGCCAGAGGCACGGAGAAAGAGUACGAUGACGUGACUGACAAGAUUGAGCAGUGCUGCUCCUCCCUCGAAUCCCGCUUGCAGGGCGUCGGCGAGGUCCAGUCCAACGUGCGCGACGUCUUCUCGCGCAUCGCCGACCUCGACGACGAGCUGGACUCCUUCAGCCCCGUCGGACGCGACGCCGACUCCCUCGCCUCUCAGGCCGACUCCCUGAAGGGCUUCCUGCUGCGUCUGUCCGACCUCAGGGCGGAGCUGGAGGGUCACACGACGGAGUGCACCACCAUGCUGCGGCGGGAAGGCUCCUCCCCCGACCUCCUGGCUCUCAGGAGGGAGUCGGAGGCUCUGAGCCGCCAGGCGGGCAAGCUGAGCGAGCGCGGCCAGGCCAGGUUAGACCAGAUCGAGGACGCGGCUGAGAGGGUCCGAGAGUUCUACAGGCUGGUGGCCCUGCUGCAAGGCCUGCUGGGAAGGGCCGAGGACGGGCUGAACGCUCAGGGCAUGGUCGGCACGGAGGUGGAGACGAUCAAACAGCAGCUGCAGGAGUUCAAGGCGGUGGAGAGAGAGCAGGUGGACGGCAUCCAGCCGAAGCUGCAGCACAUCAACGCAGUGGGUCAGGGCCUGAUCCAGAGCGCCGCCAAGCACACGGACACCCAGGCCCUGGAGCAUGACCUGGAAACCACCAACCUCCGAUGGAACUCGCUCAACAAGCGGGUGGCCGAGCGCAUCGCCCAGCUGCAGGAGGCCCUGUUGCACUGUGGGAAGUUCCAGGAUGCUCUGGAGCCGCUGCUGAGCUGGCUGAGCGACACGGAGGAGCUGGUGGCCAAUCAGAAGCCCCCGUCAGCAGAGUACCGCGUGGUCAAGGCCCAGAUCCAAGAACAAAAACUGCUCCAGAGGCUGCUGGAUGACCGCCGGCCGACGGUUGAGAUGAUCCGCGCCGAGGGAGAGCGGAUCGCAGCCACGGCCGACACUGCAGACCGAGAGAAGAUCGGGACCCAGCUGCACAGUCUGGCAGAGAGAUGGACCGACCUGCUGGACAAGGCUGCUGGCAGGCAGAGGCAGUUGGAGGAGCUGCAGGUUCUGGCUCUUCACUUCCACGAAGCUCUGGAGCCGCUGGGAGAAUGGCUCAGUGCCACCGAGAGACGCCUGAGCUCCGCCGAGCCCAUGGGAACCCAGACGGCCAAGAUCAGCCAGCAGAUCACCAAGCACAAGGCGGUCCAAGAGGACGUGUCCUCCCGCCAAGCCGAGGUUGACCGCCUCGAGUCCCUCAGCCAAUCGCUGACGCCGCUCAGCUGCGCGGCCGACCGCCAUUGGCUGAGCGAGCGCGUGGGGGCGUUGAGGUCGGGACACUCGGAGCUCACCGAUUGGUGCUCCCGGCGGGCGGGCAUGCUGGAGCAGGCGCUGGCUAACGCCCAGCUGUUUGGGGAGGAGGAGGUGGAGGUGCUGAACUGGCUGGCGGAGGUGGCUCAGAGGCUGGCGCAGGUCUCCGUCCACAGCGCCCAGCACCAGCUGCUGGCCGAGCAGCACAGACACGCUCUGUCUCUGAAUGAGGAGAUUGUGAGCAGGAAGAAGACAGUGGACCAGGCCAUCAAGAAUGGACAAGCCUUACUGAAACAGACCACAGGCGAGGAGGUCCUCCUGAUCCAGGAGAAGCUGGACGGCAUCAAGUCUCGCUACGGCGAGAUGACGGCCGGCAGCAGCAAGGCCCUGCGCACCCUGGAGCAGGCCCUGCAGCUGGCCACGCGAUUCGCCAGCGCCCACGACGACAUCAACCAGUGGCUGGACGCCGUGGAGGCGGAGCUCCACAAUGUGGAGCCCGACGCCACUCCCGCCUACCAGGACAGACAGAAGGAGCUGAAAAAGGUGUCGGCGGAGAAGCGCCUGGUAUUAGACACGGUGAACGAGGUGGGCAGCGCCCUGCUGGAUCUGGUGCCGUGGCGGGCCCGCGAGGGCCUGGACCGCCUGGUCGCCGAUGCCAACCAGCGCUACCGCCAGUCUGACGAAAACAUCACUCAGCGGGUGCAGUUGGUGCAAGCGGCCAUCCAGAGGUCUCAGCAGUACGAGGAGGCAGUGGAUGCAGAGAUGGCCUGGGUUGGGGAGACGGAGCGCAAGUUGGCGUCUCUGGGGCCGCUGAGCCUGGAGCCGGACGUGACCGUGGCCCAGAUGCAGGUGCAGAGGGCCUUCAACAUCGACAUCAUCCGGCACAAAGACACCGUGGACCAGCUGCUUGGCACCAGAGACGACAUCCUGGAGACGUGCAGCGACGCCCAGAAGGACGUCCUCAUAGUGAAGACGGAUUCCCUCAGUGCUCGCUAUGAGGCGGUGAGCCAGAGCCACAGCGAGCGCUUCUCGGCUCUGGAGCAGGCCCAGGUUUUGGUCGCUCGGUUCUGGGAGACCUACGAGGAACUGGAGCCGUGGUUGGGCGAGACCGAAGCCCUCAUCACCCAGCUGCCACCGCCGGCGAUCGACACGGACGCCCUCCGGCUGCAACAGGACCAGAUGAGGCUGCUCAGGGAGUCCAUCGCAGAGCACAAGCCCCACAUCGACAAGCUGCUGAAGAUCGGGCCCCAGCUGGCCGAGCUCAGCCUCCAGGAGGGCGCCGCGGUGACACAGCGCUACGCAGAGGCCGAGAGGCGCUACCUGGCCAUCAAAGAGGGGGUCAAAGGUCGUGCAACCACCUUAGACGAGGCCGUGUCCCAGUCUGCGCAGCUGGUAGAGUUUCACGAUAAGAUGGACCCCCUGUUGGAGACCCUGGAAGGGGCGGCCCAGCGGCUGCGGCAGCCUCCCCCCGUGGCGGCGGAGGUGGAGAAGAUCAGGGAGCAGCUGGCGGAGCACCGAGCCCAGGGGCUGGAGCUGGACAAACUGCUGCCGAGCUUCUCCGCCCUCUGCGCCCGCGGAGAGGAGCUCAUCAGGCGGGCCGCUCACAACGACCCGGCCGCUCAGGCUGUCAGGACCCGCCUCCUGCGCCUGCGCUCCCUGUGGGACGAGAUCCGGCAGCGGGCCGAGGAGCGGGAGGGGAAGCUCAACGACAUCUUUGACCUGGCCGGGAAGUUCUGGGCCGACGUGGCGGCGCUGCUGAGCACGCUGCGAGACUCCCAGGACAUCGUGAAAGAGCUGGAGGACCCCGGCGUGGACCCGUCGCUCAUCAAGCAGCAGAUCGAGGCUGCUGAGGCCAUUAAGGCCGAGACAGACGGCCUGAGGGAGGAGCUGGAGUUUGUCAGGACCCUCGGAGCGGACCUCAUCUUCGCCUGCGGAGAAACCGAGAAACCUGAAGUCAAGAAGACCAUCGACGAGAUGAACGCCGCCUGGGAGGGCCUGAACCGGACGUGGAGAGAGCGGAUGGAGCGACUGGAGGAGGCCAUGACGGCGUCCGUGCAGUACCAGGAUGCACUGCAGUCCAUGUUUGACUACCUGGACAACGCAGUGAUCAAGCUGUGUGAAAUGUCAACUGUGGGAACCGACCUGGGAACCGUCAAACAGCAGAUAGAAGAGCUCAAGCAGUACAAGGUGGAGGUCUACCAGCAGCAGAUUGACAUGGAGAAGCUGUGCCACCAGGGGGAGCUGCUGCUGAAGAAGGUGUCGGACCAGACGGACCGGGACAUGAUCCAGGAGCCGCUGAUUGAGCUCCGACACCUCUGGGAAAACCUGGGGGAUAAGAUCACCCAGAGACAGCACAAGCUGGAGGCCGCCCUGCUGGCCCUGGGUCAGUUCCAGCAUGCCCUGUCUGAGCUGCAGGCCUGGCUCAACCACACACACACCACUCUGGACACGCAGCGACCAGUCAGCUCUGACCCCAAGGCCAUCGAAAUCGAGCUGGCUAAACAUCACGUUCUGCGUAACGACGUUCUAUCCCAUCACGCGACCGUGGAGAACGUGAGCGGCGCGGGCACCGAGCUGCUGGAGUCCUCUCCCGGCGACGAGGCCAGCCACCUCAGGGACCAGCUGGAUCACCUCAACCAGGGCUGGGAGAGCCUGCUGCUCAAGACCCAGGAGCGGCAGAAGCUGCUGGAGGGAGCUCUGCAGCAGGCUGAAGGUUUCCACGGCGAGUUGGAGGAGUUCCUCCAGUGGCUGAGGAGGACGGACAGCCAGCUGUCGGCUGCCAAGCCGACCGGCGGUCUCCCUGAGACGGCCAGGGAGCAGCUGGAGCAGCACCUGGAGCUUCAUGCCCAGCUGGCCCAGCGGGCGGACCAGUACCACCGUCUGCUGGAUCAAGGAGAGUCCAUGCUGCUAGCUCGUGGAGGAGAAGACGCAGGCCCCGGGACCACCCAGACCCAGCAGAACCUGGCCAUGCUGCAGAACAAGUGGGCCAGCUUCAACACCAAGAUGGACGACCGCAGGGCCAAGCUGGAAGAGGCCGUUUCCUUGGCAACAGGUUUCCAGACCUCUCUGCAGGACACCAUCAACUGGCUGACUCAGGCUGAGCAGACCCUGAACAUGGCCCAGUCCCCCAGCCUCAUACUGGACACUGUCCUCUUCCAGAUCGACGAGCACAAGGUGUUUGUGAACGAGGUGAACACGCACAGAGAGCAGGUCCUGGCUCUGGAGAAGGCCGGCUCUCACCUCCGCUUUGCCAGCCUGAAGCAGGACGUCGUUCUCAUCAAGAACCUGCUGCUCAGCGUCCAGGCCCGCUGGGACAAGCUGGUCCAGAGGUCACUGGACCGAGGGCGACACCUCGAUGAGGCCCGCAAACGGGCCAAACAGUUCCACGAGGCCUGGAGGAAGCUCACCGACUGGCUAGAAGAAGCCGAGAAGAGACUGGACUCUGAGCUGGAGAUCUCCAACGAGCCGGACAAGAUCAAAGUCCAGCUGGCCAAACACAAGGAGUUCCAGAAAGCCUUGGGGUCCAAGCAGCCGGUUUACGACACAACAGUGAGGUCUGGGAGGGCCAUGAGGGACAAGGCUCAGCUGCCCACAGACACCCAAAAGCUGGACCACCUCGUGGGAGAGGUCCGCGACAAGUGGGACACCGUGUGUGGCAAGAGCGUGGAGAGGCAGCACAAGCUGGAGGAGGCUCUGCUGUUCUCCGGCCAGUUCGCAGAGGCUCUCCAGGCCCUGGUGGACUGGUUGUACCGGGUGGAGCCGCAGCUGACCGAAGACCUGCCCGUCCACGGGGAUCUGGAUCUCGUGUCCAACCUCAUGGACUCGCACAAGGCUUUCCAAAAAGAGCUGGGGAAGAGAACCAGCAGCGUUCAGGCUCUGAAGCGCUCGGCUCGGGAGCUGAUGGACACGGGCCGAGACGACACGGCGUGGGUCAAAGUUCAGGUUCAGGAGCUCAGCAACCGCUGGGAUACGGUGUGCGCUCUGUCGGUCACGAAGCAAACGCGUCUCCAGCAGGCCCUCAAACAGGCGGAGGAGUUUCGCACAGCGAUACAGUUCCUUCUGGAGUGGCUCUCCGAGGCGGAGCAGACGCUGCGUUUCCGCGGCGUCCUACCCGAGGAGGCGGAGACGCUGCAGGCGCUGCUGCACACACAUCGCGACUUCAUGGGAACCGUGGAGGAGAAGAGGACGGACGUCAACAAGGCGGCGGGAAUGGGGGAGGGCAUCCUGACCGUGUGUCACGCGGACUCCAUCACCACCAUCAAGCACUGGAUCACCAUCAUCAGGGCACGCUUUGAGGAGGUGCUGACGUGGGCCAAACAGCACGAGCAGCGGCUGGAGACGGCUCUGACCGAGGUGCUCAACAACGCCAACCUGCUGGAGGAGCUGCUCUCGUGGCUCCAGUUUGCUGAGACCACACUGGUCCAGAAGGACACCGAGCCGCUUCCUCAGGACAUCGCACAACUCAAAGCGCUCAUCACAGAACACCAGAUGUUCAUGGAGGAGAUGACGAGGAAGCAGCCGGACGUUGACAAAGUGACAAAGACCUACAAGAGGAAACCAGCUGAGGCUCCGAGCAGCCUGGCCGAGAGGAGAGGAGCCCGAAAACAGCAGCAGCAGCAGCAGGCGGCCGUGCAGCUCUCGGGAGGAAACCCGAGGCUCAACCAGCUGUGUGCCAGGUGGCAGCAGGUGUGGCUGCUGGCUCUGGACCGCCAGCGCAAACUCAACGAUGGUCUGGACCGACUGGAAGAGCUCAAGGAGUUUGCCAACUUUGACUUUGACGUGUGGAGGAAGAAGUACAUGCGCUGGAUGAACCACAAGAAGUCCCGCGUCAUGGACUUCUUCAGACGCAUCGACAAGGACCAGGAUGGAAAGAUCACGCGGCAGGAGUUCAUCGACGGCAUCCUGGCAUCGAAGUUCCCCACCAGCAGGCUGGAGAUGACAGCCGUGGCCGACAUCUUUGACAGAGACGGAGACGGCUACAUCGACUACUACGAGUUUGUUGCCGCUCUGCACCCCAACAAGGACGCGUACAGACCGACCACCGACGCCGACAAGAUAGAAGAUGAGGUGACUCGGCAGGUGGCUCAGUGUAAAUGUGCCAAGAGGUUCCAGGUGGAGCAGAUAGGAGAGAACAAAUACCGGUUCUUCCUCGGAAACCAGUUCGGUGACUCUCAGCAGCUGCGUCUGGUGAGGAUCCUGCGCAGCACGGUGAUGGUGAGAGUCGGAGGUGGCUGGAUGGCGCUGGAUGAGUUCCUGGUCAAAAAUGAUCCGUGCAGAGUGCAACAUCCGGGACUUAAGAUUCUCCGCUCCGAUUCCAGUAGCUCCAUCUCAUCUCGUAUAGUGACUGUCACUCCUGGCUAUUUCUGCUGCCGAGCUCGCGGCCGCACCAACCUGGAGCUCCGGGAGAAGUUCAUCCUCCCAGAAGGAACGUCUCAGGGUCUGGCCACCUUCCGCUCGCGGGGUCGCCGCUCCAAACCCGGCUCCCGCAACGCCUCGCCCACCCGCUCCUCCUCCUCGGCCUCCCACAGCGGGGCCUCCCUCCCCUCCGCUCCCUCCACCCCCGCCACGCCGACGGCCUCCGCGUCGUCCAGGUCCUCCCACACUCACUCGCGUGACUAUGCCAAGCCCUGGCUGUCACACAGUAAAACUCCAACGUCAGCCAAGUGCCACUGCUGCCCAGAUCUCGGUCACGGCCACACCACUCCUGGGCACGAGGGGGCGCCGUCAGGGUCCAAACUAAAGAGGCCCACGUUCCACUCGAGUCGAGGCUCGCUGACUGGAGAGAACGGAGGGACGCCGCACUCCAGCAAGCCGGCACGAGCCGAUCCCAAACGAGGGGCCUCCACAGCCAGCGGGCCGGCCAGCCGGGCCGGCAGCCGAGCCGGCAGCCGAGCCAGCAGCCGGCGCGGCAGCGACGCCUCGGAGGCAUCGGAGCUCCAGGACUCCCACUCGGUCUGCUCCGACGCCUCGGACACCCCGCGCCGCCCCGGGGCCAAACCCUCCAAGAUUCCCACCAUCUCCAAAAAGGCCCCCAGCCCAAAGAACCCGGGGACCACGAAGAAGUAACUCCCGCCGCCGAGAAACUGGAGCAGACCCGUUUCAUGAAGGGGAGGGGGGGGGACUACUUUAUGACUCUUCAGUCCCAGAUCCAUCCACGGGGCUCACACAGUCUGUGCACUGCGACUGAUAUUUUCCAGCGAAGAGGAGAUGAAUAUGAUGAGUAAGUGUCUUUCUCACUGUGCUCGGUUUCCUAAACGGACUGAAAACCUGGACAAGAGGAGCACUGCCAGAGGCCGGCGGGUCGGACUGGACUCCUCCUCUUUAAGAAGCGACCCUCAUUUUGCCUUCCAGUCUCCUGCUUCGUCUUUUAGAACCAAACACAGAACCGACCGGGCGCGAUGCUGCCUUACUCACACGCUCGGGUCCGGAUCGGACCGAGCGGCCGCUUCGUACCACACUGACACACAGACACACACGGGGAGUGGAACCGCCACAGAUACAGAAACAAGAAAAGGACGUUCAAGAAUAAAGAAUCGCGAGUCAUUAUUUUUGCCUGUGGGCCGGACGCCUCAGCGAUGAGUUUAAAAAGAAAAUAUGCAACGACCGCCAUGUGGCCUCCUACGGACUGGUUGGCGAGGAAGGCGGUCAGCUCAGCAGAUCCGCAAAGCGCGCGUGGAGCAGCCGAGGAGGCGGGAAACGAUGCCCGACGCGCGCACACACACACACACACACACACACACACGGCGGCUGGCCUCUGACUCGGAGGGUCGCCGUGGUGACUGUGGUGACGGCGGUGUUGCUGCAGCCGAGGACAAACGCUCACACACUCAAACGCCGCAGAGCGGACUCCUCCCGACCGCUGGAACGCCGGCGUCAGCCUCGCGUGUGCGUGAGCGCGCAUUUCAGCAGAGGGCAGUGUGGUUUUGUCGUGGAGAAUUACAACGCGGUGACUCACCCGGCUAACGGCACGUAUGAUAUACGACAUGUGAAACCCGACGUUCGACAGCCAGCAUGCACUAAUCGUCUCUUCCUCCGCAGACCCUCCUUCAUGUCAACGCACCCAGCCGCACACACACACACACACACACACACACUCUCUCUGACACACGGCGGUGUGUGUUACGUGUGUCAUUGUUACAGGAAAUGAUCGAGGUCGUCGACUUGAGUCACUGUAUGCAAAAAAAAAAAUGAAUUUGCGAAUGUGAGUUUUGUUUUCUGGUUAAUUUAUAAUCCAGUUGUACUUUAAUUUAGCUUGAAAGAAAAAUCUAUUUAUUUUUCAGUGUCAUGUCAUAUCACCUUUCGCAAAGAGAUUUAGUAUUAUGGUUAUUGUGUUUUUUUGUACAUCACUCACUCGGUUUCUAACCCUGGUGGCGGCCUUCUGCUCAUUUUUCUUUCGUUUUGCUAAUGACUACAAUUCCCAGACCACGACCAAAGGGUUCGCCCUUCAAGUCUAGAGAGAACUAAACUUUGUGAGUGACAGGUGACCCUGGGCAGAUGGGACCAAUGAGAGCAGGUUUCCUCCCUCAUGUCCCUCCCCCACGUCCCCCCCCCUCUUCUUCUAGGCUCUUUUUCAAAUGCCGAGUUGUCUCAGUGUGAUCUCAGUCUAAGAGAUGAAGUUUAUGAAAAACAAAUGAAAUUACAGUAAGAAGACAUCUUAAGGUGAUUUUUAUUUAUUUAUUGUGUCUGAGGGGGGGGGGGGGGGCUGUUGAUGCUGCGCUACUGUGUGAUGGCGACCUCACGGAGGGAGGGGUGUUAAUGACACAACGGUGUAAAACUAAAAUUAUAAACAUGUUUUGUUCUGUUUUUGUAUUAAAAAUAUGCUUGCAAUAAAACCCUUUUGUUUC